GCUCCACCAAACGAGCCUCCUUGCUCUCUCUCUCUCUCUCUCUCUCCUCCGAUUGCGAGGGUCGCCUGUUGUUGCUCUUCCCCCUCUGUCCCUUUUCUCUUCUCGAUCCCUCAGAUUCCCCAAAAAGGAAGCAGUUUUCACGUUCGUCGUUGGAGGCCACCAUAUUAAUCGUCAUCCGCCAGUAGCGGUCCUCCGCCGUCUCUACUCGAACUAUGAUAAAGCUUUUUAAAAUUAAAGACCAAAAGCGGGAGGAUGCAGCAAAUUCGAGUGGAAGGGCUCCUGUCAAGAAGCAGAGUGCUGGAGAAUUGCGUCUUCACAAAGAUAUUAGUGAGCUUAAUCUGCCCAAAAGCACUGUCAUAUCAUUCCCAAAUGGCAAGGAUGAUCUGAUGAACUUUGAGAUCAGCAUAAGACCUGAUGAAGGAUACUAUCAAGGUGGUACAUUUGUUUUUACCUUUCAAGUAUCUCCUUCUUAUCCUCAUGAGCCACCAAAGGUCAAGUGCAAGACAAAGGUUUACCAUCCUAACAUUGACCUGGAGGGAAAUGUUUGCCUGAACAUUCUGCGUGAAGACUGGAAGCCUGUGCUUAACAUAAAUACUGUUAUUUAUGGGUUGAUUCUUCUUUUCAUGCAACCAAACGAUGAGGACCCACUAAAUCAUGAUGCAGCUGCAGUCCUACGUGACAACCCUAGGUUGUUUGAGACAAAUGUCAGAAGGGCAAUGGCUGGAGGAUACGUGGGUCAAAUCUACUUCCCCAGAUGCAUAUAACAGUGCUGUUAAAUGGCAGCUUGUAAUGUAUGGUAUGCAAGCUUUCAUGAUAUAAUACCUUGGAAACCAUGGAAUUGCCUAAGUGAAUUUUUUUACUUGUGCUGCUAAGUGUAAAACUCUGUUGAUAUUUAUGUUCAUUUCCUC